GGGCUGGAUGUAACAUGUAUCUACUUUAUUAUUUUUAAUUAGCUCACAUGAUGUUAAAAAAUAUUAAAACUAAUGAGAGAUUGUUUUACGGAAGGACCUUUUUUAAAACUUUGGCAUUAAAUUUUGUCAUUAAAACCUUUUUUGUGUGUGUGUGCAGUUUACAAGUUGACAAGUUUAAACUCAAAGUGCAUCUUAUGAGAAAUUAUUAUUUAAGUUCUUCCUGUCUGACGGUCAGAAUUGUCAGUUUUUAUUAUUUUAUGUUCCUACUGUUUUCUGGGCUGUAAUUCACCCGAGGCUCAACAAUAUGCUGAUGGACGGCCUCUGAAGGGGAGCUUGGCUGACCUUCAGGAACACAAGCUCUUCUGGGCAGCUUGUAAAGGAAGACAAAAAUUAGCAUAAUUAGCUGCUAAUGAUAUGAUAAUGAAGGUUUGUCAGCUUGUUAUUUUUUAGACAACCAUAAAUGUUUUCAAAUAAUUAUUUAUCUCAGUCAAAUAACAUUUUUUUUGCCUUGAGUGCUUUGAAUCUGCUUUCCUUUUGUAUCUGAAAAAGAACUUGAGGUUGGGAGUUGUUUUAUAGCUGCUCAGCUGCUCCACCACAUACCACAGACAGACGGGCGGGCCGGCCCGGUCCCAGUCAGGGGUGGGUGGGCGUCCAGGAAUGGUCGGUUUAAGGUGGAGUCGGUGGGAUCGGAGUGGGGGAUUCGUGCGUCAUCAUUAGACUUUAAACCCUCGAAAACAGAAACCUCGUCCUGCAGUCAGUCAAAACGUUUUGCAGGUCCAUGUGCCGACAUCUAAACUUURUUUGGUUUGGUUUUAAAGAGACACAAACAAACCGCAGCCAUUAGAGCGACAGGAGCCAGACUGGCCCAUUUUCUCCUGCGUCUCCCCGAUGAUUCCCAGAAAAGAGCAAACAACAUCAAUAUUUCAGCACUCGUAUCAUGCAGGCAGCUAUAACUUCCAUUAAUCAGGCUCAUCACAAGAUUUUAUUUUUUACACCAAGGGGAGCUGAAACUUAAACAUUCAGAUUAAAUAUCCAGAUUACUGGUGGAUUAAUGUAUCAGUCAGAUUACUUGGAAUGAUGCAUCAAGUUUGUUUUAAUUUGAUCUUAUCUGGAUUCGAUCACAGCUGAAAUGUCAGCCUUUUAGCUCUCAGUGAGUCAGCAGGGUGUUGAUGGUGAUGAUGAUGAGUUCCUUCCUCUUCUUUUUAUUUUUAUUUUUUUGGUGAAGGGGGGGGGGGGGUACAGAUCAGGCGAAUGCUGCAAAUGUCCACUCUCUGCAGAUACGCUCUGAACACAAAUUCAAAGACCCAUUUUAUUGUUAAUAUUUUACUUUUUCUCUUUAUUUAUAUUGAUGCAUGCAUAUUGCAACUUAUUUUGCAACUUUGUUUUACAUUCUGACUGAACCACAGGGUUUAUUUAGCUGCAGAAUAUCUCUGAAAAUACAGAUUUUUGUAGUUUUAAAGUGCUUCAAAUGACAGCAUCUUUGUUCUGCUUUCACAGUUAGGGGCUGUCUGAAUCGAAAGGGGGAAAAAAAGGAUUGUUUGGCUGUCCUUAAAGAUGACUCAGCAAGCUUGAACUUCUUCAGAGAUUGAGUGGACGAGAUGUACGAAGCUUUCUGCAUCCAGAGCCGUCUGAGGGAUGGAGCCAGCCGGAUGAAGCAGGCCUUCUCCUCCUCUCCCUCCACUAAAGGCACCAAAGAGAGCAUCGCAGAGGUCAACCGCCGCUACAAAGAAUAUACUGAGAACAUGAGCACGUUUGAGAGCGAGCUGGAGAAUCUGCUCGGGGAGUUUCACAUCAAGAUGAAAGGAUUGGCAGGAUUUGCUAGACUCUGUCCUGGAGACCAAUAUGAGAUCUUCAUGCGGUACGGUCGGCAGCGGUGGAAGCUGAAAGGCAGGAUUGAAGUGAACUCCAGACAAAGCUGGGAUGGAGACGAGAUGAUCUUCAUGCCGCUCAUCUCUGACCUCAUCAACAUCAAGGUGACCGAGCUGAAGGGCCUGGCCACUCACAUGCUGGUCGGCAUCUGUGAGACCAAGGAGCUGUUCACCGCCAUGCCUCAGGUGGUGGCUGUGGACGUCAACGACCUGGGAACCAUCAAACUCAACCUGGAGGUGACGUGGUAUCCCUUCGAUGUUGAAGACCUGACUCUGUCCUCCGGAAACUUGAGUAAAGCCACGGUCCUGCAGAGACGAGUGUCUGUCUACAGCCAGGGCACUCCGGAGACCCCCACCUUCCAGGACAACUCCUUCUUUAAAUGGCAGCCGUACCCCGUGCAGCGUCAGCGCCUCUCUUUCCUCCAAAUGCUCCGAGAGACGCUGCUGGAGAAGCUAAGGCGCAGUCGCUCCUUUGGGGACCUGGCCUCGCUUCGGCCAAGACCCAAAUCCAGUCUGGAGGUCUAUGCCACUUUGCCAGACGACGUCUUUGAGAACGGCGGCUGCGGCAUGGCCGAGUGCAAGCGCCUGUCCUUCACCUUCUCUGACACAUCGGGGUCGAUGCCCAGCCCGGCCCAGAGUUCCUUCUCCCAGAGCCAGUCCAACCCCGAGAUCACAGUGACUCCUCCGGAAACGGAGUCCUUUACUGCACAGAUCCUCCAAACGAGGGAGGACUCCAUUGCCGAGGAGCGUUUGGUGGAGGAGGAGGAGGAGGAAGAGGAAGAUGAGGAGGAGUAUGAAGAGGAUGGAGAGACGGGUAGUAGAGGGAGCAAAACCAGUGCCAGCUUCGCCAGCGAUGAGGCAGAUGUCGCCGAAGACUCGGAGUGGGAACGCACCGAGUCGCAGCGUAACUCCAGCUACAACUGCGGCUUCGCCGAGCCGUSCCUGUGCUCCGACGGACACGUGUCCACCGUGGCUCCCGAGGACGUCUUCCUGGAUCACGCCGACGAACUGAAGCCGGUGGAGUUGGACACGGAGGAGCCGGGCAGCCUGACCAGGCAGCUGGUGAAGAGGCUGACCUCCUCGGAAAUCAUCCCCAGCGGUGGCGGCGGCUUCACGGAGGGUGGAGGGAGCCUGAGCUGGGCGGGAGAGGGGAGCCGGGCGUUCCUGGAGAGCAGCCUGGAGGAGGCCAUCCACUGCCUGCUGACCAAACUGGAGUCUCUGACCCAUCGCUGCCGAGAGCUGCAGGACCUGGAGCAGGAAGUGAUGCGCCUGGAGGACCUCCUCAAGUGUCGUCUCCCGGGUCACAGAAGUCGGUCCUCCAGCCUCAGUCUGACCAUAGAGAGCGCUCUGGAGAGUUUUGACUUCCUCAACACGUCUGACUUCGACGACGACGAUACCGGCGACGAUAACGCCGGGAUUAACAGCCCCCCGCAGAAGUCUCCGCUUUAUGAUGUCGACGGAGAGAGGAUCGAGGGCCAGCACCCGGAGGCGAGGGGACACCUGAGCGAAGCCCUGACCGAAGACACCGGGGUGGGGAACAGCGUGGCAGGAAGUCCCAUGCCCCUCACCACUGGAAAUGAAAACCUGGACGUGGCCAUCGUCAUCCACCUUCAGUACUGUAAUCACCUCAUACAGCUGUUGAGCAGCGGGGUCGGGGUGUGGCAGCGUCGCAGUUUGCUCCUCAAACUGUCCGGGCAGACCCAGCUGUUGGAGGAGCUGGCAGAGAUCAGCGUGGACCGGCUGGGAGCUGUUACCUCGGCUGCUGACGUCCUCCCGAGCCUCGCCCAGCGCCCUCAGCUGAUGACGCUGUGGUCCGAGUGCAGCGGGUCUGCGGGGCUUUUCCACACCACGCUGGACCGUGUGUUCAAGCACAUGAAGCAGCGCUACACGAYGGUGCUGCAGGAGAGACACUCACACGGCGCUGAGACAGUCAUCAGCAUGGUGGUGGGUGAGAUGGUGGACAGGAGCGAUUUGGCCGCAGCUCACAGCCCGCCUCCCGUAGCCGCAGCUCUCUCCCAGGACGUCCUGACCGUCUUUCAGUUCCACAGCUACAUCUUAGAGCACCAAGUCCAGGACAUGGAGACCCACCUGCUGCACCUGGCGAGAGAGGAGAGGUUUGGGGAGGUCCUGUGCAGUGGGGAUUCUCCUCGGUGUCUAACAGAACUGGAGGAGGUGCCUUUGUCGACUCUCUGGCCUCGACACGGCACCCUGAGAGCCCUGGCCUCCCUCCUCACUGCAGAAGACCCUCAGGUCAACAAGGCAGCAGCUGAUUACCUCUCCUCCGGAGCGUCAAACAGGCGCUUCAGGACGAGGGCAGUGGAGUGCUACACCCAGGCUCUGUCSGAGGCGGGAGUUCAGAGUCAGAGAGCCGCCUGCUCCGCUCUCAGCUGCCUGCAGGCAGUGGAGAGUAUCAAAGCGGUCACAGCGAUGUGUGACUCAGCUGAUGAGGAGCUUCGUCACGUGGCCAUAGAAACCCUGCUCACGUUCGGCGAGGAGGGGCGGCUGGCCUACGAGCAGCUGGACGCGGUCGUGGGGGAGAUGAUCCGUUUGGGCACGCGGCGAGGAAACGCCGUCACCACCGCCUUCUGAGACGCCUCUUAAACACAGCUGCACUGUUUCCAGGCUGGGGAGCAGCUUCAGCCCCACCCCUCCAGAACCUGGUGUUUUCUAACCUGCAGCCAAGAGGACUUCCUGUUCUUAACUUCUACUAACACCAAACCAACGGUCUUAACACACAACCUGAAGCCCUCCUGCACACACACUCAUCGUUCCCCUCCGCCUGCUUCCUGAGCCAGACACACCAGACGGGUCAAACUGGAGAUGGAAACUGGAUUUUGGACCUAAAGCUGCUGCAGAGACUGAGGGAACAUCCUGUUUUUAAAGCACCACUGCACAUACCCUGAUAUCUGGUUGAGUUAUUUGAAGCAUUUUGUUUUUCAGAAGCUUGCACACUGCUGUAGAGAGCUUGUAAAUAYGGUUUCCUCACUCAGUUUACAUCUGACGUUUCUCAUGCUUGCAGUUUAAUAAGUGCAAUUUUUUUGUACAUAUACUUUUUGCUUGUUUGCAUCGAGCUGACGUGAGACGUGACUGUCAGCUCUGACCACCUGAGCCUUGAUCUGAUACUUUUUUUUUUUUUUUGUAAAUAUACUUUUCCUGCUCGGUCAGAAGGAGCCACUGCGGGGCAGUAAAUCUGAUUUUACUCCCUGAAAAUGCACUUCCUGUGUGUUCAUAGUGGAGGAUCUGCUGAGUAUUAAUGUUGUACAGACACACAUGAGCUAAUAAGAUUAUAAAUGUUUUUUAUUACAGAAUAAUCUGUUUGGGUCUGAUUUGUUUUCUUAGGAUCUCGUGGCGAAAACCGGCGUCCAAUUCCCACUUUUCUUACAGAAACUGUACUACUGAGUCUGGUGCUGACGCACACUAACAUCUUCAUAAUAACCCAUUUUAUUUAUUUACUCUAAUUGUAUUAUUUGAACUUACUGUAUUAGAGCAGAUAUGUGAAUUUAUUGUAUAUUAUGUUAAAAGUAUUGUCAUGUUUUUACUUCAACUGGGAUUUUAUUUKAAAGGAAGUGUAUUAGAUUAAAUAUUUUGGAGAUUUGCUAACAGUUUUUUGGUAUCAAAUGUAUUCUUCCCUAAAGUUUUUAUAAGUAUUUGGACUUCCAUACAUUAAAUCUUUGAGUAGAACUACUGUAACCAAAGGAAAUUAAAAUUAAGUUUCUUUUAUUGGAGAAUGUAUUUUCAUUAUAGCCAGAAAAACAUAUCUAAAGAAGCACAAUUUAAGAUAAACUMGUUACAUUUGGGUGUAACUUCUCAGUCCAAUUCAAAGCCAUAUUAAGGGGUAGUUUUAUUUUUCCUUGUAAUAUAACCUGUAAAUGAGUGAAGAUAUUAAACUUGUCAUUUGUUUUUCUAUACAGCCUUUUUGCAAAACACGGUUUAAACUUAAAGCAAAUGUUUUAAUUUCCUGUUUUUGUGCAUAGCAUUACAGUAUUUUAGUAUUUAAAUUAACCCACUAUGUAGGCAAUAUUUCCUUUUAUGAACUUGCAGCUGACCAGUGUUUGAUUAGUGGGCAACGUUGAGUCCUGAUCACUGUAAAGAACAAGCUGGUAUAAUGUGCACAUAUUUAAACUCGUUUUUAACAAGAACGUUUUCUGAAAUUAAUCUGUGGUCAACGGCUUCUGCACUGAACCGCCUAACUCAUCUGUGGUCAGCAUUUCCUGUGCUCAAAUGUUGCAAUAAAGUUUAUUUUUGCAUAUUU